AUGGAUCCACGGUUCCACAAUCUGCACGAGGAGCUCAGAUCCGUGCUCUUCAAUGGCUUGAACGAUUUCUCUCCUACCCAACCACGUAUCGUCCAAGUUGGUUCGUCUGAAGCAUCACCAAGCUUGGACUUUUCGACCGCAACAGUCAAAAUACCUCAAGAACGCCUAGUACGCUAUCUUCAAAACUGGAUAACUGAGUGCGCGCCGCAGCUAGACAAGUUUGACGAAGAGCAACACUUCCAGAUCGAAGUUCCUCUUGUCGCUCAGAGGUCUCCUGCUCUGCUCUAUGCCAUCCUUGCCUUUUCGUCGCGACAGAUGGAGAGGCGAGGUAUGGUGCAAGGAUACUACGACAGCCUCGAACUGUAUCAAGAAAGUAUAAGAUUGCUGGCACCUGCACUUCAAGCCAAAGACUCGGUCACAUUGGUGACGGCUUGCAUUCUUGCUGUAUUUGAAUUGAUGUCUAGCGAAACAGGAAACUGGAGACGCCAUGUCGAAGGUUGUGCUUCUCUGUUCGAAGUCUUCGGUGUCAAUGGCUUCUCAGGAGGCUUGCUGCAAGCAGUGUUCUGGUGCUAUGCGCGCAUGGAAGUGUGCGGAAGUCUUACAUCUGAUGGUAGUGAGACUAUGGUUUUGGCACUCUCGAAAUGGGUACCAGACCUGAAUCGCUCAGUAGUAUCGCCAGAAGACGGCGAGAAGUUGGUUAGGUCGCUUUUUCAUGAAAAGAGUCGAGAUUCACAUGACGCGCAUGCCAAUUGGGCGAUAUACUCAUGCGCAAGAGUAUGCGAUCUAAAAUUCCGCAGAACAAGUUAUCUGGAGCUUGGUCGCACAGAUUCUAAAGAUAAGAGACCGUUCUCGGAACAAUGGCAACAGCUCUGGCAAGACCUGCAGUUCUGGCUCGAUGAGCGUCCUGCGUCUAUGAAACCUAUUGCUCUUGUCGAUGAAGACGCCGAGCUCAAUUUCCCAUCUAUCACCUUUCCACAUUGGGCAGCAAUCUCAAGCAAUCAAGUAUAUCAUGCUGCUUGUAUCCUGAUGCUGGAGAUGCAGCCACCUGGGAGCGGUCUUGAUGCUCAGACUUUAUCGCUGUGGCAUGCCAGGCAAGUCUGCGGCAUUUCAUGUGCAAAUCCACACCCAGGGAGUAUGGUGAACUCGAUCCAACCUCUCUAUACCGCAGGUAGGCUGCUCACGCAUCGUAGUGAGCGACAGAAGAUAGCUCAACUUCUAGAAUGUGUUGAGCGAGAGACUGGAUGGGCGGCUUUGUGGCGGUUGAGAGAUCUCGAGGUCGAGUGGGGAUAUGAAGGUGUGAUUGACUGGGGGCAUAACUCUACAACCCUGGCGAAGUCUUUCAAUGUGUAG